AUGCCGGAACUGAACGGAUUUUAUCAAUGUAAAGGAACUAUAUCUGAAAGAGAUGAUGGACGGAUUGCUUUUGCUGUUGAAUCAAUCAAGAAACUCGAACGUGGAUGUAAAGAAUUGGUAGAAAAUAUUCCUCAACAGGAUUACCAGACAGCACACAAACUUAUUUGUGGAUCAUCUGACGUUUCUUCUCUCUUUUCUUCUUCAUUUUUUGGCAAAAGUCUUAUCAAUCUUUCUGGGAAUCCUUCUAACUCAGAAAGCGUAAAGGAUGAAAAUGGUUGCGAUCUAAAUCAAACGGCUGAAACAAUUACUGAAGAAACUGACUUAAACAAAACAUUGAAAGAAGAGGAUUAUUCUGAUACUAAAGAAAAUGUUGAAAACAACGAAAAUGUGCCAGCAAUAGUGAUUUCACUUGAUAAAUGCAAAAAUAUUGCAAAUUUGUUUGUUCUUGGACAGAAAGGCCCUUUGAUUAAAAUUGCUAUAAAAUCUUUGGAAGCCCCAGUUCAAUUAGGCCAGUGGUAUUCAAUUAAAUUAUGUGAGUUGAAGAAAACUAAAGAUUCUUCAAUUUGUUAUAAUAAUUUUGCAAAAUUGUUGGGAAAACAGCCGCCUUUAAAAACUAAAAUUUCUUCGAGUGGAACUGUUCAGGUUUUUGAUUUAAAAAUUACUAAAGAAAUUUGA